AUGGAGAGCUACCCUGAUGAAUACGUUACGUUGCAUCACAACAGAGACAAUCCCGACCAGCAAAAGAUGCUGGAUAAGUCAAGUCCAUUGUGGAAACAGUCUCCGUAUCUUGACAAUGCAGGUGUGAUACGGAUGAAUAGUCGAAUAAGAGAGGCGCCCAUCAUCCCUUUCCACGCAAAGUUUCCCAUAAUACUGCCCAAGGAUCACUGUAUAACCCAACUAGUUGUCGACAAUUAUCAUCGUCGAUGUCUUCACGCGAAUAACGAAACCGUGCUUAACCGCAUUCGGCAGCGAUUCUGCAUUCCGGCACUUCGUACCCUGAUUAAGCGAACAAGCAGAAAGUGUCAGAGAUGUCGCAUAUCCAAGGCAGUCCCUAACCCCCCUCUUAUGGCUCCACUACCCGCAGUCCGUUUGGCGUCAUUCAUCCGGCCUUUUACCAAUACUGGAAUUGACUACUUCGGUCCACUGAUGGUGAAGCAAGGUCGUAGCACCAUAAAACGCUGGAUCGUAUUGUUCACAUGCUUGUCUAUCCGGGCCAUUCAUUUGGAAGUAGCUCAUGGCCUUACUACUCAGUCAUGUGUGAUGGCCAUUCGAAGGUUCGUGGCACGUCGAGGUGCACCUGAAACUAUUUUUUCGGACAACGGCACCAACUUUGUGGGGGCCAACAACCUAUUGAAAGAGGAGCUUCGAACGAUUGAAGAACAGUGCGCGGCGACCUUCACAAACGCUCGGACUAACUGGUUGUUCAAUCCUCCUGCUGCCCCUCACAUGGGCGGAGCCUGGGAAAGAUUGGUUCGAUCGGUCAAAACGGCGAUGACAGCGAUCAGUGAUCACCCGCACCAUCCCAGCGAUGAAGGGCUGGAAACCAUAAUACUGGAAGUGGAGGCAAUGGUAAAUUCUCGACCUCUAACUCACGUGCCGUUAGAUUCCGCAGAGGAUGAAGCUUUGACGCCCAAUCAUUUCCUGCUAUAUGGAACCCAAGGAAUCAUUCAACCAGCUUCGUUGGUAGAUGAAAGUCGUGCAACACUCCGAGAUAGCUGGAAGUUGACGAAAAAUCUUGUGGACGGAUUUUGGAGAAGGUGGAUUCGCGAGUACUUGCCAGACCUGGCCAAGCGCACAAAAUGGCACCAACCUGUGAGGCCACUAGAAAAAGGUGACUUCGUUAUCGUGUUUGACGAGACCAAACGUAAUGGAUGGGAAAGAGGAAGAAUUGUGCAGGUCGUAAAAGGCAAAGACGGUCAGGUACGUAAGGCUACGGUACAGACAGCAAGCGGAGUACUUACACGACCGGCGGUAAAACUGGCAUUGUUGGAUGUUGGCGAGUUGACCACGGCAGAAGGCUCUGGAUCUCGCAAUCACACAGGAGGAGGAAUGUUGUCGAACCCACCGUGCGACAAUUGA